AUGGAGAGGAGAGCGACCGCCACAGAUAAGAAGAAACCAUCCGUAGGGAGAGUGAAGCCGAUGUUAAGAGGAACUUCGGCAGACGCAGAUUCGCGCAUACCAUCAAAUGCAGCAACUCAGCUUACCCAAGGAAAUGUGUCACAAGCGAGGAGAUCGGCUGUCGCGGAGGCUGAAGCGCGAUAUACGGGGAGAUCUGCUCAGAUUGAGAUGCUGCGUGAAAGGAUUCGUCGUUACCUCGAACAAGCUGCAUCCCUACGCGCCGAACAUCGACGAGAUCAUGUAUCGGUAGAGAAUGUUCAUAACAAUGAUGAGGAGCAGGACGACGCAGUGCCAGGUGUUAUCUCUCGAAUGUUACAAAAUCGUCAGUCUGAGAUCGUUCUGCAGAAUGUUCUUCAAGAGGUCUUAUCCGAAGUAGGAAGCAAACUCAGACAAGACAUUGAAAAUCAGAUCAGGAUGUCGCGUAAUUCCAACGAGCAGAAGCUGGAGACGCUUACCACUCGUUUUGAGGAUGUCUUACGUCAAAACCAAUAUGCUCACGAUCAAGAAGUGCUGGAACUUCGAGGAUCUAUAGAAUAUCUGCAGGAAACACUAACAGCAACUCGCGAAGAGAGCGAACGACUUAGGCAGCAGCUUGAUGAGGCUAAUUUCAAAAUCCUGGAAAGAAGUGAAGAUAUGGGCUGUGUUCAAGCUGAAAUAACGGAUCUUCGACAAGAAGUGCAAGCUCUACGAGCUUAUAGGGAUAAACACAGGCUUGAAAUGAAAAAUUUGGAUCAGCUGCAAAAACAAUUGGAAGACCUGCAGACAAUUAACCGACUUACUCGUCAGGAGUUUACCAAAUUAGAAGAAGAGCGUGAUGAACUGCGAGAAGAAUUCGAGAAAAAUUUGCUGAGGCUCCGAAUGGCAAAUCAACUGCGGAAUAAGGCCAUUGAAGAACAGCUCGAUGAUACUGCUGAGGAAAUUUUGUUUUGA